GAAAGGAAGGCAGAGAAGGGGGCGGAUGUGGCCGGGCGGGCGCUGCCGGGGCUGCGAGCGGAAGAAGAUGAAGCUGGUGGCGGCGGCGGCGCUGCUGGGCCUCGGAGGCUCCCUCCUGCUCCUGCUCUUCCCCGCGGCCCACGCCGAGGAGCGCAAGAAGGGGCCCAAGGUCACCGCCAAGGUAUAUUUUGACCUGCGGAUUGGAGAUGAAAACGUGGGGCGCGUCGUCUUCGGCCUCUUUGGAAAGACGGUUCCAAAAACCGUUGAGAAUUUUGUUGCCUUAGCCACGGGAGAGAAAGGGUUUGGGUACAAAGGGAGCAAAUUUCACCGUGUGAUCAAGGAUUUCAUGAUCCAAGGAGGAGAUUUCACCCGGGGAGAUGGAACAGGAGGCAAAAGCAUCUAUGGCGACCGUUUCCCCGACGAGAACUUCAAGCUGAAACACUAUGGGCCUGGUUGGGUCAGCAUGGCCAACGCCGGUAAAGACACCAACGGCUCUCAGUUCUUUGUCACUACUGUCAAGACCUCAUGGCUGGACGGCAAGCAUGUUGUGUUCGGGAAAGUCUUGGAAGGGAUGGACGUAGUGCGGAAGGUAGAGAACACGAAGACCGACAGCCGGGAUAAGCCCCUGAAAGAUGUCAUAAUUGUCGACUGCAACACCAUCGAAGUAGAGAAACCGUUUGCCAUUGCCAAAGAAUAGCUUUGUAGCAGCCAAACGGCCGAGGGAUCUACCCUAGUUUGCAAAGGGCUGGGCGGGUGGGGUGGGCACACACUCACACCGAGGCCUCCAUAUCAUCCUAACAGUGGCACGCAGCUGUUACUCUCUUUUCCCUCUCCUGCCAGAAGCUGGUAGUGGUGCGGGGGGGGGGGGCAGUGGUUAUCUCCAUUCCUGUUAAUGAGCUCAUUCCAUCGGCCCCCACGGGCAUCGUGGCCCCUCUCUGAGCAACUUGGGGAGGGCUGAGUAUCGCAUUCUCCUUUUUUUGUAAGAAAGCACAUGGGCUAAUAAACAUGACCAUUGUGUUUUUGUA